GCGGACGCGUCGUAGGCUAUCUACGCGGUUUGUUUCGUUACGACGAUUUUACGAGGGCUAUAUUGUUAAUAAAAUUUUGAAUACGUGUUAUAUAUCUAACUGUAUCUAAUGUGUGAAAUGUGAUUAUUUUAAAAUGAAUAAAACAGUAGACUUUUGGGAUUACUUUAAUAUGGAUUUCACGAUUAAUUCAACUGAAGUUGUGGAUUCAGUGCCAACUGCGGAGCAGGAGUUUGUUGUUGGAGUGUAUAGUGUUUUGUUUAUUAUUGGUUCUAUGGGCAACGUUGCUGUGUUUAUCGCUCUGAUCCGGUCAAGGCGUAGGAAGUCUAGAGUUAACUUGUUAAUGACUCAUUUAGUCGUGGCUGACUUGAUUGUCACGUUUAUUGUUAUUCCAUUAGAGAUCGGUUGGCGCACCACAAAUGCUUGGUUGGCAGGUAACGGAGCCUGCAAAUUCUUUUUGGUCCUUCGAGCUUUCGGCCUCUACCUUUCUUCAAAUGUUUUAGUCUGCAUAUCUUUAGACAGGUUCUUCGCUGUGUUGUAUCCUCUACGAUUAGCGAUAGCAAGAAAAAGGAGUAAGACAAUGCUUUCUAUUGCAUGGAUAGUUGCGCUUCUUUGCAGUGCACCUCAAAGUCUCGUGUUUCGAGUGAUGCAUCAUCCCACGGUACCCGAUUUCGAACAGUGUGUGUCGUUCGGUGCAUUUUCGAAUCAACACCAAGAGUUGGCGUAUAAUGUGGCAUGUCUGCUUGCGAUGUACUUUAUUCCACUCGCAAUUAUAACUAUAUGCUACGCAUGUAUCUUCUUUGAAAUCUCGAAGAAUGCUCAGGACAUGUCAGGUAAAUGUGUGCAGUCAGAUCAGGGCAGGAUCCAACUGCGAAGAUCAGAUCAGAGACCAUUGGCAAGAGCACGUCGGCGAACUUUAAGAAUGACCGUGACCAUUGUUAGUGUCUUUGCUUGCUGUUGGCUCCCGUAUGCAACAAUGACAUUAUGGUACAUGUUCGAUCGAAAAUCAGCCAUGAACGUCUCUGCCCGUAUCCAAGAUCUUUUCUUCAUAAUGGCAGUUUCGAACUCUUGUGUGGACCCACUCGUGUAUGGAUCUUUUACCCUGGAUAUGAAUAUCAUCCAAAUGAUUUUGAAGAAGGUGUUAUGUAUUCACAGAGAAAAUCUUGAUGUUAAACCUGCUCCAGCGUACAGCAGAAAAUCGCAAGGCGCUGUUUUGGUAACAAAGAAACACGUGAAUUCGCCGCGUGGGUACCAAGAAACAUCACUGGUCGUUCCCAGUGGGAGCACUGACCCCAAUCCCCAAACUGGUUGGAGCGAUCGUCACGACAAGACAAACGAUAUAUUUACUUUACAAUCGAAUAGGUGCUGUAAACUGAAUAAGUGAGUUGACGGCUUAUUGGUCUCGUGGUUAGUACCCCUGACUGCGACCCACUGCGACGACUGCGACCUCCAUGGGUCCCGGGUUCGAUCCCCGGCUGAGACAAGACAUCGAUGUGAUGAGCAUUUGGUG